AUGUGUCAACGUUGGACAAUCUGCCUGAGUCUUGCCAUCGCAUUGUUGGCAUUCGCUCCGGCAUGCGCAUCCGAUGAUGGUAGCGAUACGGUAUCCGACUUCGAACUGCGAGAUUUUCGCGGCAAACUCCACAAGUUGAGCGACUACUCCGAUGCCAACGUUGUUGUGUUGGCAUUCUGGGGCACCGAAUGCCCGCUGGCCAAGUUGUACGCCCGGCGUUUAGCGGAACUCGCAAACGAUUACGGCGAUGAAGGAGUGGUGUUCCUGGGCGUCUUUUCAAACCAGCAAGAUUCGCUAGAAGAAUUGGGCCACUUUGCGCGAAAGUAUGCGAUCGAUUUUCCCUUGCUGAAGGAUGCAGGAAAUGUGGUGGCCGAUCAACUCACGGCCGAGCGGACACCGGAGGUGUUCGUUCUUGAUGCGAAUCGCACGGUUCGCUACCGAGGGCGGGUAGACGAUCAAUACGAUGUGGGCGUUUUACGGCCGGAGCCUUCUCGGAGCGAUUUAGCAGUUGCACUCGAUGAGCUGCUGGCUGGGGAUGAGGUGAGUGUGCCGCGCACCGAAGCUCCCGGGUGCUUGAUCGGUCGCGUGAAGCCGGUCGAUGAAGGGGCCGAGGUGACUUGGUCUGGACAGGUUGCUGGGAUAUUCCAAGAGCACUGCCAGGAAUGCCAUCGACCCGGCGAGAUUGGACCAUUUCCCUUGCUCACCUACGAAGAUACCCAGGGCUGGGGCCCGAUGAUUGCCGAAGUGGUUCAGCAAGAGCGGAUGCCACCCUGGUUUGCGAACCCCGAUCACGGUGAGUUCUCGAAUGAAUCGAGCUUAAGCGAGGAGGAGAAGCAACAGAUUCUCGCUUGGGUUGCUGCCGGGGCACCGCAGGGUGAUCCAGCAGAGACGCCUAAGCCGCGAUCAUUUAAUUCUGAUUGGCGAAUCGCCGAGCCAGAUACCGUCGUCUACAUGUCGGAACUACCUUUCGAAGUGCCGGCCGAGGGGGUCGUGGAAUAUCAGUGGUAUUUUGCCGAUCCGGGGUUUACUGAAGACACGUGGAUUAAGGCGGCCGAAGCCAAGCCGGGCGCACCCGACGUGGUGCAUCACGUGACGAUCUAUAUCAAACCGCCCGAUGUUCCGUUCAGCUUGCAGAUGAACGAUCGCAUUGCCUUGCUGGCUGGGUUCAAUCCCGGGGGCGAUCCGUGGCGGGCUCCAGAGGGAAUGGCCGUGAAGAUCCCCGCCGGAUCGGAACUGGUGUUUGAAAUGCACUACACGCCCAACGGCAUCCCGCAAGAAGACCGCAGUUAUGUCGGGCUGGAGUUUGCCGACCCAGCCGAGGUGCGGAAGGAAAUCGUUUGCGUGAUGCCGGCCGACACCGAGUUCGAAAUUCCUCCACAUGAAAGCAAUCACGAAGUAGCGACUUCGUGGUACUUCCCGGCCGAUUCGUUGCUGUUGGUGAUGCGACCUCACAUGCAUCUUCGUGGUAAGGCAUUCCGUUACGAGGCCGUCUAUCCCGACGGCACCGAAGAGAUUCUGCUGGACGUGCCGCACUUCGACUUCAAUUGGCAAAACAAUUACGUGCUGGCCGAGCCGAAGGAGAUCCCCGGGGGUACCGAGAUGCGCUGCACGGCUUGGUUCGAUAACUCGGAAGACAACCUAUCAAACCCCGACCCCACGGCCACCGUUCGUUGGGGUGAUCAAACGACCGAUGAAAUGAUGAUUGGUACCUUUGCCAUGGCGCUGGCCGAUCAAGACUUGUUGAUGCAAUCCACCCCGCAGGUUGCAGAUUCUCGUGGCGGACCGUGGCUGCCGUUGACGUUUUUGGCAGUGGCUGUCGUGACAGCUGGAGUUUAUCUCGCUCGCGGGCGACAUGCGGUACGCCGUGAAAGUAACAAGAAGCUGCUGCGGUUGUGCAUCGCUGCGCUCCCGUUGCUGGGGUUGCAAGUGAGUGCUGUGCAUGCUGCUGACGAUCAGGCGGGAUACGAACUUUUCGAGCGGCGGAUCCGCCCGAUGUUCGUCGAGCAAUGCGGUCGUUGCCAUGGGGCGGAUCUGAACGAGCCAAAAGGUGGAUUGCGGCUCAAUUCACGCGAAAGCUUACUUCUGGGGGGCGACCGGGGCCCGGCAAUUGUGCCGGGUAACCCCGACGCAAGUUUGCUGAUCCAGUCGGUGCGGCACGAUCCGGAAGUCGAUCUGGAAAUGCCGCAAGGUCGAGAGCCCUUAAGUAAAGAAGCGAUCGUUGAUCUAGUCGAGUGGGUCGGUUUAGGAGCUCCAUGGCCGGCGGACGUUGUGGUGGACUCGAGUUCAUCGGAAGGUGAAAGCUCUUCCGAGUGGGCGUUCCAGCCAGUCCAAGAGCCUGCGGUGCCGGAAGUGCGUGAUCAGGGGUGGUCUCAGACUGCCGUCGAUCGAUUCAUUUACGAGCGACUGGCGGCCGAAGGUCUUUCACCCGCCGCACCGGCAGAUCGCCGUACGUUGAUUCGACGCGCAACCUACGACUUGAUUGGAUUGCCACCCACGCCGGAAGAGGUGGACGACUUUCUCGCCGACACUUCGCCCAACGCGUUCGCGCGAGUAGUCGAUCGUCUGCUGAGCAGCCCUCGUUAUGGAGAACGGUGGGGACGGCAUUGGCUCGACCUGGUUGGCUACGCGGAAACGGACGGAAACGAAUACGAUCCUGAUAAACCCGAUGCGUAUCGCUUCCGCGACUACGUGAUCGAAGCCUUGAAUGUCGACCUGCCGUACGACGAGUUUCUUCGCGAGCAUUUGGCCGGUGAUUUGUUGGAUGAACUCCGGCUGAGCCUCGAUGGAUCGCAGUUGGCCAGUCCCGUGGCAACCACCUUUUACUGGUUGGGCGAUGUGCAGAACGUUCCUGUCGAUGAGGCGAUGGCGGUUGCCAACCAGGUGGAACGGCAGAUCGACGUGAUUGGAAAGGCGUUUCAAGGUCUUACGUUCGCAUGUGCUCGCUGCCACGAUCACAAGUUCGACCCGAUUUCUACCGAAGAGUAUUACGGCCUGGCCGGGUUCAUCUACAGUUCGAAGAGCGUGCAUCGGUCAAUCGACUCACCCGCCAAGCAAAAAGCGAUUGAACGCCACGUAAGCGAGAUGCGUGCGCUUCGUCGAGAGAUCCGGUCGUUGUCCUGUGUUUCGGCCGUGGAAACGCAGCGGAAGGCCAUGGAGAUGACGGCUGAAUAUCUCUUGGCAGCCAAGCCGUUACUGCAGGGCGAUGAAGCCCCUGAACAGGAUCGCCUUGAACAAGUCGCCAGCCAGCAGCGACUCGAUGCUUCAAUACUUGGUAGCUGGUGUGAGUUGCUAAGUGCAGCGAAUGCCAAUCGUGAUCCAAUCUUCUAUCCCUGGGUGCGGCUAGCCGGCCAACCGCCCGAGAGAAUUGCCCGACGAGCAGCAGAUUUUGGGAAAAGUAUGUCGAAUGCCUCCACCGGUGUGCUCGGUGGGAUGGCGGGAGAACAAUUGUUCGAGGGCUUUGAACGCACGAGCUACGGUAACUGGAGAGUCAUCGGCCCGGCUUUUGAAGGUGGGCCGGCUCACGAUCCCCCACCCGAAAUUCAUGGGGUCCAAGAUUCGGGUUACGCGUCUAGUGCGGGAGUCAGCGAUGUGCUCACGGGCCGCUUGCUCAGCGACCCGGUGACUUUGCCCAAGCCGUAUAUCAACCUUCUCAUUGCAGGAGGAGAUUUUCCGGAUCGGGCUUGCUUCAAUGGCAUAAUUUUCGGCCAGCGAAUUCCCGAACUGAUGGUCACUGGGGAUGGUACUGGAAAGAUGCGGCUAGUCAGUCUCGAUGUUCGCAACCUCAUUGGUCGCGAGAUUCGUUUCGAACUGGUCGAUGAAGUCAGCGAACCAGGUGGGUGGAUUGCGGUUGAUCAGAUCUUCUUCUCCGACGAAGAACCGCAAAUGCCAGAGCCGAAACCGAAUGGUGUGGUGGCCGAGUUUCUCGGUCAACCUGGUUUGACGAGCACAGCCGGUUUGGCUCAACGCUACGAAGACGCACUUCUUACGGCCCUCGACCGGUGGCAAGAACUCUUGGAGGAGAAUCCUGAAGCUACCCGGCUAAACGAUGAGGGAGCAGAGCAACUCAGACGUUUCGCUUUGGGAGACAUUAACCCGUUAUCAACGCAGGGUGCCGUCAGUGUGGUCAGUGAAGAACUCAGCACCAAGCUCGCAGCGUUGCGAGGGCGGUUGCGUGAACUCGAAGGAAGUAUUCCUAAGUUGUCUACCGCCACGACUGCAGAAGAUGCUCUAUCGCAAGAUGUUCCGGUUCAUAUCUCGGGGCAGCCAAGCAACGCUGGAGACAUCGCACCGCGUGGCGUUCCGCAGUGUUGCUCGGCCGAAGGGGAUGCCCCGGAAUCGUUUGACGGUAGCGGGCGCAUGUUUUUGGCCGACCGAAUUGCCUCGGCCGAGAAUCCGCUAACUGCGCGGGUGAUGGUGAAUCGUCUGUGGAAAUAUCACUUCGGACAAGGCUUGGUAAAUACGCCCGACAAUUUCGGUCUGCAAGGCGAGUCGCCCAGCCAUCCCGAGCUAUUGGACUACCUUGCAGUGCGGUUCAUCGAGUCUGGCUGGUCGUUGAAGGCAAUGCAUCGCAUGAUGAUGCUGUCUUCUACUUACCAGCAGGGCAACGCAGUCUCGAGCGACGCCCAACAAAUCGAUCCCGACAACCGGCUGCUGCACCACAUGGCUCCGCGACGCCUGGAAGCCGAGUGCGUGCGGGAUGCCAUUUUGCAGGUGGCCGGGAACCUGAACGACGAGAUGUACGGCCCCAGCGUGAAGCUAUACAUCACACCGUAUAUGGAAGGUCGUAGCUUGCCGGAGGUUUCUGGUCCCCUGGAUGGUGAUCGGCGACGAAGUAUCUACCUAGAACUUCGACGCAACCAUCUGCCCUCGAUGCUGACCAGCUUUAAUCUUCCAAAGCCAGCCACAACUGCCGGGCGACGAGUCACUUCAUCUCUGCCAACACAAGCGCUGGUGAUGUUGAAUAACGAGUUUGUUCAUCAGCAGGCUGCAGCCUGGGCGAGUUCGAUUGAGGAACUACCCGAGGAUCGGGACAUUCGUAUUCAGUCUGUCUACGAACGCGCACUCGGUCGGGCUCCCGAAGAUGAAGAGCAGCAGUGGGCAGACGAGUUUUUUGAGUCGCAGCUAAAGAGAUAUCAAUCGGUCGAACUGUCGGGUGCUAAUGCCGAGGUAAUGGCCUGGGCCGACCUUUGUCAUGUUAUGUUCAAUUUGGCAGAAUUCAUGUACGUGCGCUAA